ACGUUUUCCGGUGGACUACUGCUUACGUAAUAAAAUACCCACCGAGUCCGCACGUGCGCCCGUUUUUUUCCGGUCUUUCCGGAGGCUGCGUUCACGUUUACGGUCACUUUGGACAACUGUGAACGCAGCGAGCCCUAACUGAACGAUUCCCUGCCAGAAACCCUUUUCUUCACACGGAAUUGUCUACAUUUAGUUUUAUUUUGUGGCUCUACACCGGAAGUGGCCGUGCCGCUGCUCUCUCCCUCGGAGGUUCCGCUCAGCAGGAGCAGAAAUCUCCCACGGAGCGCAACGAGAAGCGCCGGAGAGGCUGAGCGCGCGGACGUCAGAGCUCUUCGGGCUUUGCUCGCAGCAAGCACGUUCUUCAGCUCCGGCAGGUGCACGUGAUCCCUGUCAAGAGUGCGCGUGAAGCUGAGCGGAGAGUGAAUGUUCUUGGAGACACAGACCGCUUCCAAACCAAAGGAGCGAGAAGCGAGAUAGCAUGUCCUGCGUUAACUUUCCCAUCACGUUGGAGCAGUCCUGCUAGUGCUGAGAGUGCGCGCCGGGAGCGGAUACUUUUGGAACGACUCCGCGAGCAGAGCGGACGCACGCCUCUAUGGUCUGAGCCUCAGCACGUUCAGCAGCCAUGGUCAAGUUUCCCAACUCAGACUUGUGGAUAGCCUGGACGCUGGUUCUCUGCCUGCAGGGUUCAAGGUUUGAUCAGCUUACAAGGAAAGCGUGUGUGCAGGCGCUGGACGUGACCGUGUCUCAGAGCAGCAUUCAGGUCGCACGUGGACAGGCAGCCAUCCUGCCCUGCUCCUUCACCACCAGCGCUGCCCUCAACAACCUGAACAUAAUCUGGAUGGUGAUCCCGCUGUCCAACGCUAACCAGCCAGAACAGGUGAUAAUUUACCAGAAUGGCCAGGUGUUCAACCUCGCCAACCAUCUCAACGGCCGUGUGGGCUUUGUGGCCACCAUGCCAAGCACCAGUGCCUCUAUCUUUAUCAACAACACCCAGCUGUCUGACACCGGAACCUACCAAUGCCUGGUCAACAACCUCCCAGACAGAGGGGGGCGGAAUAUUGGUGUGAUUGGCCUCACCGUGUUGGUGUCUCCCUCGGUGCCAGCAUGUCGAAUCCAGGGAACACUGGAUGUAGGCAGUGACAUUAUGCUGUUCUGCAGCUCAGAAGAAGGGAUUCCCACACCAUCCUACUCCUGGGAAAAACUAAAUGCAGUGCCCAGGCUGCCACCUAACGCCAUGCAAGACCAGAUGGAGGGGACCGUCACCCUGAGAAACAUCAGCACCAGCACUUCAGGACUCUACCAGUGCACCUCCAGCAACGCCAUCGGCAAGAGCACAUGUGUGCUCAACCUGCAGGUUGUAGCGUCCCAGCCUCAGAGUGUGGGUCUGAUAGUGGGCACCAUCGCCACUGGAGUCCUGGCUCUCAUCAUCUGUGCACUCUUAGUGGUGGUCACUCUCUUCUACUGGAGGAACAAGAAUCGAUAUGAGGAGGAGGAGAUUCCCAACGAAAUCAGAGAAGAUGAUUUGCCUCCAAAGCGAUCUUCUUCUGUGAAGGCUUUCCAUGCGGAUGCGUCUUCCUCUGAGAACGACACGCUGACAUCCACAAACACAUACAACAGUCGCUACUGGCACAACCCCAAAACCAACUACGACACCAACUCCUACACGCGCUACAAUGGAGACACCCAUCAGACCUUCACAGGUGCUGCUGCACAUGGACCUCAUGGACACAGGCAGAACCAGAAUGCUGUUCCGGGCCACGAUGCGGCGGUCACAGCCCCAGGCUCCACCCCACCGUCCCGCCACGCGCCACCUGCUACGGCAACAAUAACAUCGUUUGGCAAUGGCAGCCACACCCUGCCUUCGCCCAAGACUCUGGUGGUCACAACGAACUCUGCCCCGUCCCCCUCCACCAUGGUGCGUAGCAACGGCGCUGUGGGCCUUAAGCCAGUGGUGACCUCUACACACGGGAACCACACACACUCCUAUGCAGUCAGCCAGGUGACGCUAGAGAGGAUGGGGGCGGUGCCUGUCAUGGUGCCCGCCCAGAGUAGAGCAGGCUCGCUGGUUUAAUGACUCCAGGAGUGCUUGGUGAUGUUUGUGUUGAGCUGGAUAUGGGCUGAAGCAGCUCGUGACUCUUUACACAUGUGGACAUUUUUAAGCUCAAAUUUUCUAAUGCCAAUUAUUUGAUGGACAGGAUGAUGCAUCUUGAAGACAAACAUGAGAUCCCCUCAUCUGGUGUGUGACAGAGCUUUCACAAAGCUGGAAUGAAAGUCGGGAACCCAGAGUUGGAUCUUAGAGAUGUUUUUCUUUUCUUUUGUCUUUAAGCAGCUGUUCUCAUCUCCACCCUUCCAUUAGCAUGCCCAGACAGGAGUAGGCUCGGUUUCACAUGAAUACACUUGUCCUUGAUUUACAAUAACAGCCAAUUUUAUUUCUUCUGGCUUUUGUAUUUAAAUGAUACCAACAGAAGAAAGUCCGAGAUGUGAAUGAUCAACAAUAUGAUUGAAGCAAAGAAAAUGAUGAAGGUGUACGAGGGACUAAAUGAUGGCCAGAAUGGCCUCAGGAGCUCAGCCGGAUGGAGACAAAAACACAAACCUUUUCACUUAGAAAAUCCAACGAGCUUAAACAUAACACUGGGUAAAGGGCGACGUACACUGUGCGACUUUUUCACUUUUUUGAGCCGAUUUUCCAGUCGUGCGAGAAGCCACGACAUCGGGGCGAGUUUUGCGCCGAGCGGUCGUGUAGUGUACAGGGGGUUACGAGAGGCGAUUAACACCACGUGACCAGCUGCCGAUCAGCAGUCGUGAGGUCGCAGGGACUUCUGGUGUGUUUAAUAUUUCGCUCGUCCCUCGUGAGGGUAUCGCACUGUUGAAGCGGCGCUGCGAGCAGCUGCGAUCCAAAAAGCAUCAGAACCGCUCACGGCGCAUGCGCGCGCAAUCCUGCAUCAACGCCGGCCGGUCGCUCGCUAUUUCCCUAAUAACACACGCUGUUCGUUUUUGUUUCUACACGUUUUUUUUACUCAAAGAUUGUCAAGAAAGCGUGUUUGUCGUGUUCAUGUCAAAUUAAACUGAUCACAAAACACAGAUUCACUUUCUUUAUUUCGUUUUCCUCAUCCAACCCCCAUAAAUCCCUGUGUGUCCUCCUGCAGCACUCCCGAAGGACAACAGGCAAGACAAAAAAGUCUGACGUGUUGAGUAAAAACUGCUAUUUUUAGCACAGUUUUAGGGCCGACGUGUUGCUACCAGACGUACAGUGUGAGCAGUCAGGUCGCAUGCGAGAACUGGGUCGUGCAGUGUGAGCACACGACUCGUGAGAUCUGCUCUGCGAGGAAGUCGUACAGUUUGAGCUGAAGCUGAACGCUGCGAGUGAAAAAGUCGCACAGUGUACGCCCGGCUUUAGGGUUUCUGAGUGGCUACGCGUCACGUUCAACAGGAGCGCUCUUGUUGGUCCUCCAACAUCAGACAGAUAAGGACAACUCAACAUGCUUGAAAGACUGAAUUUAUGAUCAGAGCAGUUUCAACGUGCUUCUGAGCAGACCUGAGCUCUCUACACACACCACACAUGCUAGGAUUAUUUGAUAAGAUUAUCAGAGGUCCCUAAGAAUGUUGGAGUUCAGGUCAAAAGCCGGCAUGAUUGUCCCACCGUGUGAAUCGAUCUUAAAGUUACCUGACUGGUGAUGAAAAACUCAGCUAAUCUAUAUUAAAGUGUUAAAACGAGCAGCUGUGAGACCACAACACCCUGCUGAGACUAACCUCUGAAACAAAACUGUUUUCACAUUUUCGAGGCCCUAAGACUCAAGUCUAGAGCCUUCUGUUACUCAUGGCUCACUGAGAUUCUGGCUUUAGAAUUGAAGUAGAGCUAUUAUUUAGCCCAGGGGUCACAGAGCCAUAUUACCCGUUUCCCACAGUAAAGAGCACACUGGGCCACAGCAGCCGCGACAUUAUGGGUGGGGCCUACCGGACCUGAGCAGGUGCUGUUUUUUACAGAGUCCCACGUGUCUCCUUUUAAAACAUGUUUAAACUGUUCAGAAACAAAUCCAGCCUCUGUCUCGUUGGAUUGUUGUAGUUAAACUUUGUACUGAACUAAACUUUACAUUAAAUAAUGUUAAAAAGGUAAGAAAAGGAUUUGAUCAAUUUGUGUUUUCCCUCAUUUACAGAGACGGAGGUAGCGGCGCAGAGCACAUGGCUCUGGUGGUAAUCAUGUUUAAUGUUUCUGUUUGCAACAAUCUUCACUAGAAGGUCGUCGUCGUCUUCCUCCGCUUAUCCGGGUCUGGGUCGCGGGGGCAGCAUCCCAACUAGGGAGCUCCAGACUGUCCUCUCCCCGGCCACCUCCACAGCUCCCCCGGCAGGACCCCAAGGCGUUCCCGGACCAGAUUGGAGAUGUAACCUCUCCAACGUGUCCUGGGUCGACCCAGGGGCCUCCUGCCGGCAGGACAUGCCCGAAACACCUCCCCAGGGAGGCGUCCAGGAGGCAUCCUGACCAAAUGCCCAAACCACCUCAACUGACUCCUUUCGAUCCGGAGGAGCAGCGGUUCUACUCCGAGUCCCUCCCGAAUGUCCAAGCUCCUCACCCUAUCUCUAAGGCUGAGCCCGGCCACCCUACGGAGGAAACUCAUUUCGGCCGCUUGUAUCCGCGAUCUCGUUCUUUCGGUCAUUACCCAAAGCUCAUGACCAUAGGUGAGGAUUGGGACGUAGAUCAACCGGUAAAUCGAGUGCCUGGCUUUCUGGCUCAGCUCUCUCUUCACCAUGACAGAUCGGCUCAGCAUCCGCAUCACUGCAGAUGCCGAACCAAUCCGCCUGUCGAUCUCCCGAUCCCUCCUACCCUCACUCGUGAACAAGAUCCCGAGAUACCUAAACUCCUCCACUUGAGGUAGGACCUCUCCCACGACCCAGAGUUGGCAAGCCACACUUUUCCGGUUGAGAACCAUGGUCUCAGAUUUGGAGGUGCUGAUCCUCAUCCCAGCCACUUCACACUCGGCCACAAACCUACCCAGCAAGAGCUGAAGGUCAGAGCUGGAUGAAGCUAGGUGGACCACAUCAUCCGCAAAAAGCAGAGAUGAGAUUCUCCUGCCACCAAACUCGACACACUCCACACCACGGCUAGAAAUUCUGUCCAUAAAGGUAAUGAACAGAACCGGUGACAAAGGGCAGCCCUGGCGGAGUCCAACCCUCACUGGGAACAGGUCCGACUUACUACCGGCUAUGCGGACCAAACUCACGCUCCUCUGGUAAAGGGACUGAAUGGCCCUUAACAGAACGCUACCCACCCCAUACUCCUGGAGCGUCCCCCACAGGGUGCCCCUGGGGACACGGUCAUAAGCCUUCUCCAAAUCCACAAAACACAUGUGGAUUGGUUGGGCAAACUCCCAUGCCCCCUCCAUCACCCUUGCAAGGGUAUAGAGCUGGUCCACAGUUCCACGGCCAGGACGAAAACUGCAUUGCUCCUCCACAAUCUGAGAUUCAACUAUCGAUCGGGUCCUCCUCUCCAGUACCUUGGAGUAGACCUUUCCAGGGAGGCUGAGGAGAGUGAUUCCCCCUAUAGUUGGAACACACCCUCCGGUCAUCCUUCUUAAAGAUGGGGACCACCACCCCGGUCUGCCACUCCACAGGAACUGCCCCCGAUGACCACGCAAUGUUGCAGAGACGUGUCAACCAUGACAGCCCUACAACAUCCAUAGCCUUGACGAAUCUCAUCCGCCCCCAAUGCUCCGCUUCUGUGUAGUUGUUUGACUACCUCAGCAACUUCUUACCCCGAGAUCGGACAGUCCAUCCCCAGGUCUCCCGGCUCUGGUUCCCCCUCGGAAUGCGCAUAGGUGGGAUUGAGGAGUUCCUCAAAGCAUUCCUUCCACCAUCCGACUAUAGUCCCAGUUGACGUCAGCAGCUCCCCAUCCCCACUGUAAACAGUGUUAGCAAGUUGCUGCCUUCCUCUCCUGAGGCGCCAGACAGUUUGCCAGAACCUCUUUGGAGCUGAUCGAUAGUCUUUCUCCAUGGCCUCACCAAACUCCUCCCACGCCCGAGAUUUUGCCUCGGCAACUGCCACUGCUGCACCCGGCUUGACUAUCCGUUACCUGUCUGCUGCCUCCGGAGACCCACAGACCAGCCACGCCCUGUAGGCCUCCUUCUUCAGCCUGACGGCUCCCCGAACCUCUGGUGUUCACCAGCGGGUUUGGGGGUUGCCACCACGACUGGCACUGGCCACCUUGCAAUCACAGCUAGCAACAGCCGCCUUAACAAUUGCAGAGUGGAACAAGGCCCACUCUGAGUCAAUGUCCCCCACUGCUCUCAGGAUGCAGUCAAAGCUCUGCCGGAGGUGGGAGUUGAAGACCGUCUUGACAGGUUCUUCUGCCAGGCGUUCCCAGCAGACCCUCACUAUGCAUUUGGAUUUGCCAGGUCUACGCGGCAUCUUCCCCUGCCGUCUGAUCCAACUCACCACCAGGUGGUGAUCAGUUGACAGCUCCGCUCCUCUCUUCACUCGGGUGUCCAAAACAUAUGGCUGCAGGUCAGAUGAUACGACUACAAAGUCUAUCAUCGACGUGCGACCUAGGCUGCCCUAGUACCAAGUGUACCAAUGGGCAUCCUUAUGUUCGAACAUGGUGUUCGUUAUGGCCAAACUUCGGCUUGCACAGAAGUCCAAUAACGAAACACCACUCAAGUUCAGAUCAGGCGGGCCGUUCCUCCCAAUCAUACCCCUCCAGGUCAAGCUGUCAUUGCCCACGUGAGCAUUGAAGUCCCCCUGCAGGACAGUGGAGUCCCCUGAUGGAGCACUAUCUAGCACUCGUCCCAGGGACUCCCAAAAGGGUGCGUACUCUGAACUGAUAUUUGGCCCAUAAGCACAAACAACAGUCAGGACCCAUUCCCCGACCCGAAGGCACACGGAAGCUACCCUCUUGUCCCCCAGGGUAAACCCCAACACACAGGCAGAGAGUCUUGGGGCUAACAAAAAGCCAACUCCAGCCCUCCGCCUCUCACCCGGAGCAACUCCAGCAAAGGAGAGUGUCCAACCCCUCUCAAGGACUUGGGUUCCAGAGCCAAUGCUAUGUGUCGAGGUGAGUCCGACUAUAUCUAGCCGGUACCGCUCAACCUCUGCCACAAGCUCCUGCUCCUUCCCCGCCAGCGAGGUGACCUUUCAUGUCCCAAUAACCAGUUUCCUUGUCCGGGGAUCGGACCGCCAAGGCUUCCGCCUCGGUCUGCCACCCAAUCCACACUUCACCGAACCCUUCAUGUUCCUCCUGCGGGUGGUGGGUCCACAGUUGGAUGAGCUCAUGUAUCUGGUUUGGGCUGGGCCUCAUGGGCGAAAGCCCGGCGACCAGGCGCUUGCUCACUCGCCCCAACCACAGGCAUGGCUCCAGGGUGGGACCCCGGUAACCCUCCGGGUCGGGUACUCCAACUAUUUGAAUUUACAUCCAUGAAAGAUCCCCUGAAAAGUCCAGAAGCUCACAUCCUCUUCAGCUCAGGAAGCUCCUAUAGAGACAUCUGAUCACGCACAAGCAGGUGACCUGUCAUUUCAGGUCUUCAUCAUUUUUGUUUAGACUUUAAAAGAUGACAAACUCCACAUUUAGAGUUGGCACACAGAUGAAAAAUAAAUGCAGUAAAAUAAAAUACAUUUUUAUUAAAUAUUCAUUCAUUAUUUUACAAGCAGAGAGCUGCAUCAGAGGAAAGAAAGGGCUGCGGGUUGCAGACCCCUGACCUAGCAGUACCAUCAACGCAAACAUUAAAUGCACUUUGACAGCAAGGUCCAGUCAAAAGUCUGUCUCAUGAACAGAAGUUUAAAGCUUUCUGUUCGUGUCCACUUAGUCGAUCAGAAGACACAGACACCUGUUAGCCGGCUUAUGAUAUGCAGAGUAUUCAGAAGCUGCUUUGCAUUGACCACUUAAGAAAAAAGGGUGUGUGUGUGUGAGAGGCACCUGAGCACAUUUCUGGGAUGGGUGUGAUUUCUUAAGCAGGAAUUGCAUGCCAUGGCGAACAAGCAGUGAGUUUGGUGACAGCUUUAAUAAGAAUUCUACACAAACAACCAUAAAUGAGGCCCUAGGAGGCUGAAGAAGUGGACCCAGAUUGAGUCCAUCCAGUUUUCUGUCUGAGCUCCUGUCGGUCACAUCAGGAAUAAGAACUCUUGUGUUUAUAAACAUAACAGUACUUACGUUUUCAUGUGUUACAACAGACCAAAGUCUGACUCUGCUGAGGCUUUGUUUCAGUUCCUUCACCGUAACCACAGGCUGUUCAGCCAUGUUGGUUAGUUUUAACUCACGCUCCCAGAUCUACCCUAAACCUCUGCUGAUACUCUAGUAGCAAUAAUAAUGGAUUACAUUUAUGUAGCGCUUUUCUAGCACUCUAAUGGUUUCCAUUAUUCAUACACUCACACACUGCUGGUAAUGCUUAGCUACUAUGUAGCCACAGCCCCCUGGGCUGGUCUGACAGAGGCAUGGCUGCUGGCCCCUCUGACCACCACCAACACAGGCAAGUGGGUUGACAUGUCUUGCCCAAGGACACAACAGCAGAGUUCCCAUGCCAGAAGUUGGACUCGAACCCACAACCCUCCAAUCAUGAGGCAACACACUCUACCUUCUGAGUUACUGCUGCACAAUAAUACAUUGUGUGUAUGCGUGCGUGUAUGUGUGUGCAUGUGUGUGUGUGAAGUCUUGAUUUGUUAAAAACAUUUGAAUAAAAUUUCUUGUGAGUCUAAAACUGUAACCCUGGUUUAAACAGAAGCAACCUUAACCUUUUUAUUGUUUACAGACAUCAUCGACAUUUUCAGUGAUGUUAAAUGAUGUUUUAUUAUGUGUUCCAGAUGUCGAAGCAGUUUGUUUGAAUGGGUUUAACAUGAAUUCCGUUCUGUUGAACAUUAUUGGAGCAAUCGUUUUUAUCCACAUGGAAAGAGCUGCAGCUUGUUGCAGGGAUGGUCAUUCCACCCAGGUUUCCUCUCAAAUGAACAUCUCAUCAUCUCUCGUGAACAUUGUACAUUUAUUUUAAAUGUUUGUCAUUCAGUAACAUCAGUCAGACACGUCACGUGUCCUGUGUGUAUGUGUGUGUCGGGGUGUAUUCCCAUACAAGAUGGCAAGCAGGAGAAAAGCUAGAUUUUUUUAAAUUCUGACUCACACAUUCAGUCUUAAUCCAAACAUGUCAUGGAGAGAUGGUUCUUAUUAUAGCGGCUUUGGAAAAGGAUCGCCCCUUUGAAAGACUUGAAUCUUUUUCCAUUAUAACUUCCACCAGCUCCAAUAUCAGCUGUAAUAACUACCGGUUCAAGAACCAUUUUAAUCGAUCAAAAACAGGAAAUGCUAAGUUUAAUAAAGGACCCCCCCCCACCACCACCACCACCACCACCACCACACACACACACUACUUUUAAACUCCCCCAGUAGCCAUGGUUACUGGCUUCCACCAGUGGUCCGUUGUGAUCAGUGUGACUAGUGGAGAGUAAAAACAGCUGUUGCUGGGGCCUUCUCUGCCUUGGUAGUGAACCUGACCGGAAAACGACUGACGAUGGAUGGCAAGCCACUUUAGAAAGAUCUCAGGGACAAAGUUGGGGACAGACCAAAGGCAGGAGAUGAAUACAAAACAUCUUAACGGCUUUAUCAAUCCCGAGGAGCAUUGUAAAAUCUAUAAGACCCCUGGAUGCAGUCAGCCCUCCAACCUGGAAUGAAGAGCAAGGACAAAACUGGUAAGUGGCCAGUGGCCACUCUGAAGGAGUUACAUGACUUUAUGGCAAAGAACAAGACUUUCACAUAGCUCCACAUAUGAGGCUUGUUUGGGAGGGUCACAUGGAAAAGGUACUUCUCCAGAAAGUUCACAUUAAAGCAGGUUUGAGCUGUGCCAGAACACAUCUGGAAGAUUCUGAUGCCAAACAGAACAGGGUUUGAUGGUCAGAUGAGACCAAAAGUGAACACCAAAAGGUACAGCUGGUGUAAAUCCAGCACUGCUUACCGUUUAACACACAUCCCCUCUAUAGUAAAGGCUGUUGUUGUGGGGGUGUUUCUCUGCCUCAGGGAUGGGGCACUUGUUAGGGUAAAAGGAAAAAUGGAUGGUGCUAAAUACUGUCAAGGAGGCCUGAGCCUGGCUCCUUUUGAUGUGGAGGAGCAGUGUGUCUACUCCCAGCCCCUCCCAGAUGAACAAGCUAAAUAUGCUAAUUAUAUUUUGUUUGUUUACAUUUAAAUAUAUACAUGGAAAAAAAUUAAGUCAAAGGGGAUGAUUCUUAAUAAUUAGUCUACUACCAACUGUGCAAGGUGUCCCAAGUAAACAGAUGAAAGGUGUCAUUUUCAUGAUAGGCGUACCUCAAAUAUGAGACUAAAUGAUCCAGAAAUUCACAUUGUCUGAUUUUUAAAGAAUUUUUUUGCAAAUUAUGCAAGAAAGUAUUUGGCUCUCACAGACCUGUAACUUCUUCUAAGGCCCUGUCCACACGUAGCCGGGGAUCUGCCAAAACGUAGAUAUUUUCCUACGUUUUGGCCUGUCAUCCACACGAAAACGGAGUUUUUUCACACGAAAACGGAUCUUUUUAAAAACUCCGGCCAAAGUGAAGAUCUGCGUUUUCUCCGUUUUGGGUGUCUGCGUGUGGACGGACAAAACCGGAGUUUUAAGGUCCGCUACGUCACUUUCCGCGAGAAAAAAAUGCUGACAUCACGUGUGCGACCUGUGUUUACACUAGCCGACAGCAUGGAUGCCCUCAGAGCUGCGCUCUGUCACUACCCGAUCCAUCAAUCGUCCAAGCGCUUUCUGCUUGUUUGUUUUUGCAAGCAGAAUUACUGCUCCUUGCGGAAGACCACAGACGAAGAACGAGGUUAAGAACGGGGGAAGUACUGCCGCCUACAGGUCUGGCAUGUCCUUAACAAUGUAUUUAUCCGGGUACGUGUGGACAGAGUUUGUUUUUAAAACGCGGUGGUGUAGAUGCAAGUUUUUGGGGGGGCGGAUAUUCGUUUUCAAAAAACCCCGGCUACGUGUGGACUAGGCCUAAGAGGCUCCACUGAUCCUUGAUCAGGCGCUCCAAGUUUUUAUUGAUACAAACUCUUCUCUUCGUGUUUGGAAGAAAAGGAAUGCUGAGUUGCAUCCAUGGAAAACCAAACCUACUGUAGAGCAUGAGGGUGGGGCUUUGUGGCUGCGAAUGCUGCUAAGGGACCAGGACAACUGAAUUGUGUAAUGCGAGAGCAGUGAAUAUUAAACAUGGCUGGGUCUUUCAGCAUGACAAUCACCCCAAACAGAGCUCCUGGGUAAUGAUGGAGUGGCGUUAUAAGAAGCAUUUCAAGGUCCUGGAGCAGCUUACUCAGUCUCUAGAUCUCCACAGCACAGAACAUCUUUAGAGGAAGCUGAUAGUCCAUGUUGUACAGCAACAGUCCCAAAACAUCACUGCUCUAGGGAUCUGCAUUCAGGAAUGGGCCAAAAUACCAGCAGCAGUGAGUGAAAACCUUGUGAAGACUUACAGAAAACCUUUGACCUCUGUUGUUGCCAACAAAGAGUAUAAAAUAAAGUAUUUAGAUAGACUUGUGUUAUUGACCAAAUACUGAAAUCAGACAAGAACUUGCACAAUUGGUGGUCUGUUGCAGCUGUGUAUGAACACACACGUGAUAAAUGCCAAUAGUUUACCAGUUUGUACAAAUGUAAAUAAUAAGCUGAAGAAUACAAACAUCUUGUUAAUACUAUUGAAUUGAAGUUAAAUUAACACUUGUAGUAAUAAAGAUACUUAAUACAUUCUAAAA